UUAGGUAAUCGUUAGGGAUCAGAAACAUAAUUCUCUCGAGAAAGAGGGGGUUUCGAGUUUUCAUCCCUUUCUGAUGCUGAGGCCAAACUCAAGAAUGGGGUUCACCGUUUAAGGUUUAAGGUUUAAGGUUCAAGACUCCAAGGUUCUCCUCCUAAGGUUUUAGCUGUUGUGUUCUUCACCGAUGAGAUCUUUGAACCCUUAUUCAUCAAUCUCGCCAUGGCUACGUUGUUACCGCAGACUCCAUUGCAGAACCCUCUCUACCUCUUCACUGCCACCCUCCCAAGACCCAAUCUUGACUACCGAUCCGUCAGUUACCCCUUCAGACUCGCCCGAGAAAACCAAGAGUUUCAGUGACCCCAGCAACUCAUCCAGCAAACCCAAUUCAGAAAACAGCCAACUCAUGGAAACCCGUGUGGUAGAAACCGUCUUGGGACAAAGGGGCGACCCAGAUUCGGCUUUUGAGCAAUUCAAACUCGCUAUGGAGCGGUGUGCUUUUCAGCGGUGGACCGGGGAGCCCUUCCAUGUUUUGCUUCACAUUUUAGUAAGUUCCUCAGAGCACCACCAUAUAGCUAGGAGUCUGAUUUUGAAACACGUGUUAGGGGAUUCUGGUCCCCCUUCUGCUCUAUUUGAUGGUCUUGUUGAUUCUGCUAAAAGAUUCAGUUUUGAGUUGUGUCCAGUGGUUUUUAAUAGCUUGCUAGAUAGCUUAGUUAAAGCUCGUCGGGUUAGAGAUGCUAUUGAUUGCUUUAAUGCGAUGAUGGAUCAUGGUAUAUUGAUUUGGCCUUUCCUUAUAGGCAAAGUCUCAAAGGUGUUAGUCAAGAAUAAAAUGAUCACAGAAGCAAAAGGUUUGUAUACUGGUGUAGUGUGUAGAGGGAUUAAAUGUUCCACUUCUACUGUCCGGUUAAUGAUGCGUGCUUGUUUAAAAGAAGGGGAGGCCGAGGAGGCAGAGAGGUACUUUUUAGAGGCUAAGGCUAGUGGUAUUCAGCAUGAUCCACCCACAUACAGUGUUGCUAUUUAUGCUGCUUGUACGUUGGGAAAAGUGGAAGCCGCAAUUUCGUUGCUGAAUGAGAUGAAGGGUAAGAAUUGGGUCCCGUCAAAGGGCACGUAUGUGAAUGUAAUUUCCGCUUGUGUGAAGCAAAGGAAUAUGGUUGAUGCGUUGAGGCUUAAGGAGGAGAUGGUUAAUUGUGGUCAUUCGAAGGACUUGGUUGUCAUGACGAGCUUGAUGAAGGGGUAUUGUGUGCGGGGUGAUGUAAACGAUGCUUUGGGUUUGCUCAAUGAUAUUGUUGAGUGUGGACUAAGUCCGAACAAGGUCACUUAUGCGGUUCUGAUUGAAGGCUGCUGUAACAAGGGACGAAUGGGGAAGGCACAAGAAUUAUACGCUCAAAUGAAACGUGCAGGUAUCAAGCCUUCUGUGUAUAUUGAAAAUUCUUUGCUGAGAGGAUUCCUCAAAGCCAAUUUAUUGGACGAAGCAACUAAGCAGUUUGAGCAGGUGGUCAUGACUGACGUUGCCAAUGUUUUCACGUACAAUAGCAUGUUGGCUUGGUUUUGCAGAAAUGGUAAGAUGAAAGAAGCGGAAAGUAUAUGGGAUAAGAUGGUGAAUAAGGGAAUUGUGCCCACUAUAGUCUCGUAUAAUAGCAUGAUCCUUCUUAGCUGUAGAAAUGGUAAUAUGGACAAAGCAUUAAGUUUAUAUUCCGAGUUGCUACAACGGAAUAUGGAAGUUAAUGCAGUCACAUAUAGCAUUUUGAUUGAUGGGCAUUUCGGUAAAGGUGAUGCUGAGCAAGCACUAGAAACAUUUGACAAAAUGCUGGCUUACGGGAUUGCUCCAACCGAUUUCACAUACAACUCCAUCAUCAACGGCCUAUCUAAAGUUGGCAGAACAUCCGAGGCAAAGACUAUGCUUCAUAACUUCAGAGAGGACGGCCUAAUUCCAAGUUGCUUGACUUACAAUUUCAUUAUUAAUGGCUUUCUAAAAGAAGGUUCCGUGAGUUCAGCUUUGGCCGCUUAUACAGAGAUGUGUGACAAUGGGAUUUCCCCAAAUGUUGUCACAUAUACCUGCUUAAUUUAUGGAUUUUGCCAAAGCAAUAACAUUGAUCUUGCUGUGAAACUGUUGAAUGAAAUGAGGGCUAAAGGCAUCCAAUUGGAUAUUGUUACAUACGGUGUCCUUAUUGAUGUCUUUUGUAAAAGAAGAGACAUGGAGAACGCAAUGGAGCUUUUCGAAGAACUGCUUGGAGUUGGUCUAUCACCCAACGCAAUUCUGUAUAACACCAUGAUUAGUGGGUUCAGAAACGUAAAUAAUAUGGAAGCUGCACUAGCCUUGCAUGAAAGAAUGGUAAAUGAGGGAAUCUCGUGUGAUUUGGAAACGUACACUACCUUGAUAGAUGGGCUGCUAAAGGACGGGAAAAUACUUCCUGCAUCUAAUAUGUACUCAGAAAUGCUUUCAAAGGGUAUAACGCCCGAUGAUAUUGCAUACACUGUACUAGUACAAGGUCUUAGCAAUAAGAAGCAGGUGAACAAUGCACAAAAGGUAUUGGACGAGAUGUGUAAAAACAAGGUGACUCCUAAUGUUCUUAUUUAUAAUACACUAAUCGCCGGAUACUUCAAGGAGGGGAAUAUUCAAGAAGCUUUUAGGUUGCAUGACGAGAUGCUUGAUCGGGGUCUUGUACCUGAUGAUACUACUUACGAUAUUCUUGUAAGAGGAACAAGAGAAGGUAGCUUGGCGAUGGGUACUUCAUCUAUCUAAAUGACAAAGUACGACAUAGAACUGACCAAUUUAGCUACCUCACGAGAGAUCAUGUCUUCAUCUUUAUUGUUGUUACAUCCUGCACAGUAGGUAAGAUGAUUUUCACUUACUAUUCUAUAAUUUUGCUGAAGUGUUGAAUACUUGUGUUAUUUUGUAUCAAUAAUUGACUUUCUAUACUGUGUAGAAAACCUCUCCAGCUUCUAGGGCAUGUCAAAUGUAAAGCACCUCUCUGUCUUCUUAGUGAUUUGGACUAAAUUAUUAAGGAGUUUAUAAACGAGUUAGUUUACAGUA